UCCUGCUCACUAUUUCGUGCUUUCUUCUGCUCUCGACUAAAGGAAAGAUCAUUCGGCUUCUUUUUAUAGUAGUAGAUACUUAAACAUCUAGUCAACCCAAUCAUGCCUGCCGGAGGAUUUUCUGCUCCGGCAACCGGCGGAGCCGAGUUCGAAGCUAAGAUUACACCGAUCGUCAUUUUUUCUUGUAUAAUGGCCGCCACUGGUGGUCUGAUGUUCGGUUACGACGUCGGAGUUUCAGGUGGUGUGACAUCCAUGCCGCAUUUCUUGAAGAAGUUUUUCCCGGUGGUUUACCGGAAGACCAACGUGACGGAGGCUGUCAGCAAUUACUGCAAAUAUGAUAACCAGGGAUUACAACUCUUCACUUCAUCACUCUAUCUGGCUGCGUUGACCGCCACCUUCUUCGCAUCUUACACUACAAGAAGGCUUGGCCGGAAGUUAACAAUGCUUAUCGCCGGUAUGUUUUUCAUAGUAGGAGUGAUAUUAAAUGCGGCGGCCCAGGACCUCGCAAUGCUGAUUAUAGGACGGAUCCUCCUUGGUUGUGGUGUUGGUUUCGCUAACCAGGCUGUUCCUCUAUUCCUCUCGGAGAUUGCACCCACCAGAAUACGUGGAGGACUUAACAUACUGUUUCAACUGAAUGUCACCAUCGGUAUACUCUUCGCCAGCCUCGUCAAUUACGGAACCGCCAAAAUCAAAGGGGGUUGGGGAUGGAGGCUUUCGCUGGGGCUGGCUGGGAUCCCUGCAUUUCUUCUAACUGCGGGGGCUCUUUUUGUGGUGGACACUCCUAACAGCCUCAUAGAACGUGGCUACUUGGAAGAGGGAAAAGCCGUCCUCAGGAAGAUAAGAGGCACUGACAACAUUGAGCCCGAGUUCCAGGAGCUACUGGAGGCAAGCCGCGUGGCUAAGCAAGUAAAGCACCCCUUCAGGAACCUCCUCAAGCGAAGGAACCGACCCCAGAUGGUCAUUGCCAUAGCCUUACAGAUUUUCCAGCAAUUCACGGGCAUCAACGCCAUCAUGUUUUACGCCCCUGUGCUGUUUAGCACACUGGGAUUUCAUAAUGAUGCAUCUCUGUACUCGGCCGUCAUCACCGGCGCUGUCAACGUUGCGUCCACUGUCGUCUCUAUAUACACAGUGGACAAGGUGGGGCGUCGGAUACUUCUACUUGAAGCUGGAGUCCAGAUGUUCUUAUCUCAGGUGGUGAUAGCGGUGCUGUUAGGGAUCAAGGUGACGGAUCACUCUGACAAUCUCAGCAAAGGCUAUGCCAUCCUGGUGGUGGUCAUGGUUUGCACGUUUGUUUCAUCGUUCGCCUGGUCGUGGGGGCCUCUUGGGUGGCUGAUUCCAAGUGAGACGUUCCCCUUGGAGACGAGAUCGGCGGGGCAGAGUGUGACGGUGUGCGUCAACAUGCUCUUCACCUUUGUGAUUGCUCAGGCCUUCCUCUCCAUGCUCUGCCACAUGAAGUAUGGCAUCUUCUUGUUCUUCUCCGGGUGGGUAGUCAUCAUGUCGUUGUUCGUGUUAUUCCUUGUUCCGGAGACCAAGAACAUCCCCAUCGAGGAGAUGACUGAGCGAGUGUGGAAACAGCACUGGUUCUGGAAGAGAUUCAUGGAUGGGGAUGACCAUGGGAAGGUGACUGAGAUGAACGCUUAUGGGACAAUUGAGAUGAAUGGCACCACAACUAACAAAGAAGGGAAGAGCAAUGGAUUUCACGUUUGAUCCAUCUUCGCUGCUGUAAAGAAUUGGAUAAAUAGAUUGAUAGUUACAACUUACAACUAUUCCUUUUACUAGGUUUGGGCAAAUUUUAGGUAGCCCAGAGUACCCCAUUACUUCUUCUUCUUCUUCUUUUGUACUUUUUAUUUUGAUUUAGUACCACAUGUAUCGUAUCUCUCAUAUUCAAAGAAAAUGCUUUGAUAAAAAAAAAAUGCUAUGUU